AUGGACUCGAUACCAGCCUCAACCUCUAGUAAACCGAACUCCCCCAGUCAUCUUUCUUAUGUGGUAGCGCUAGGAAGAGGACUUUAUCCCCUGACUUCUACUACCUGGAAUACCGGGUUGGACCUUGUCACGAGAAAUUGGUUGGGAGGGCUCGUUCAACAUCGUGGAGGUUACACGGUUUUGUUGAAAUGCAUGAAGGAUAUUGCAGGCGUUAGUGAAAUGUUAAUGUUUGUAAAAGAUAGAGAGUUGGACAAGUCUGUAAGGGAUUCUACUGGGUCUCGACCUGCAAGUCUGGUGGAAAAUUCUUCCGGAACAGGUUCUAAACGCAGUUCUGCUCUUGGUCUUUUUGCUUUAACUCAACAACAAAAUUCACCACGCACAAGCAUACACGCAAACAGUGAUCAUGAUGCUCUUAUGGUGGAUGUUAAAGCAGGCACUUUGAAGCGUUUGGUGGAUGUUCUGAUUAAUGGUGUUGCAGCUUAUAGCACAAGAGUCUAUGAUGACAAUGGCGAUCCUCCUUUAAUUAUCGGAAAGCAAGGACAACUCGGAAUUAAUUCUGAAGAAUAUUUCGCAACUUUCUUUAGCACGAAUCGUGUUUCAAAAGAAACCGUCGAAUCUUCAAAUCAAAUUGCAGUUUCACCGAGCCUGACGCGUGAUGAUAUAAGUUCAAAAACCGAAUCAGUGCAUUAUGAUUGGAAUAUGGUUGCUUCAAUUCAAUCAAAAUUUUUAAAAUCGGAAGAGCAUGGAAAAAUUGGACAUUUAUCCCAGCUAAGCAAGAUUAGUGUAGAUUAUUCACAAGAGCCUGGAAUAAUGUUGCAAUUAGUCGAAAAGCUUGUCGACGAUUUACAUCCCAAAUUCGCUUUAUUACCAUGCGUUAGUUGGUUAUUUGAGAGAAUGAUGAAAAUUUGUUGUAACGUUCCUGAUUACGAUAAACGUCGCUACGUAUAUAAUUUGACGCAAAUAUUUGUUAGAUUACAACAUGAAUUGAUGGAACGAUCUCAUGAAAGAAAGCCUCCCGUCGAUGUUGGAUUAUUAAUGAAGACAAAUUCACACAUAAUCGCUUCCAACGUGAAUGCAACACAAAGAACAGCCAAGUUCCCAAAACUGGUUUACAAACUUGUUUCUGAGCAACAGGAUAAGACUAAACGCGACCAAUACGAGAGAGAUCAUUUAGCUAAAGAUAUACGUGACACUCAGAAUAAAUUACAAAAGAAACAAAACAAACUUGAAAAACGGUUCAGAACACAGCAAAUACCACGAGGAUUCCAAGCUAUUUAUAAUGAUAUUAUGAAUGACUGGAUACGAGUUAUUAAUGAAGCGGCCAUAGAAGGAGCGGAAAAGCGUAAUACUAUAUUAAAUAAGGAACCAAUCAUUGAACGUAAAGGAGAGGAUUUUCCCGAUGAACCUAAAACAGCUCUGAUAAGUUUAAUUGAUUUUUAUUAUUUAGAAACAUUGAUGCCCGAUGACAAGAUUCCAGUUUUGGUUGAAAAAUGUAUAGCAGAUAUUGAAAAGAGAGAUCUUACGGAAGAUUGGUAUUAA